CCCCUGCUGCCACGCCCCCUGUUCGCCCCUCCCUCUGUUUGUUUGCCCCUGUCGCAGCUCGCUUUGCGGGCAUGUUUUUUCGCUAUGGUUUAGUUUUCUGACUAUUUUAACAUGAGAUGAGUGUCUUCGACUUGUUUCGCGGCUUCUUCGGGGUCCCUGGGGGGCAGUACCGCGGCCACAGGGACCCAUUCUUCGACACGAUGACCCACGACGAUGACGACGAGGACGAUGAAGACGAGGGGAUGUACUUUGACGGGUUCCGGGGAGACCACCAGGACCCCUUUGACAGCGCCUGGAGGUUCGGCUUCAGCUUCGGUCCGGACGGGAUGAGGAUCCAGGAGCCCCCGGUGUUCGGACAGGUCUUCAGGGAGAUGGAGGAGAUCUUCUCCCAGCUCGGCCACUGGGACGGACACUCACAGCUUGGACACAGAGACGUUCCCGGCGUCAUGCCGGCUCCGCCUCAGGAGGGAGCAGAGAAAGGCGUGGACAGAUCCAGAGGGAACCCGCUCAGAGACUUCAUGCUCAAAUCCCCUGACAGCGACGCCCGGCGCCGCACCGGAGGACCCCCCGGCGACGCCAGCCCUUCUGAGUCUCCAGACUUUUCACGCUCGCCCUAUCACGGCUGGACUCCUUUUUCCAAGUUUCAUGACAUUUGGAGACAGGAGAGUCAGAACCCACCAGAGGACGCCAUCAGAGAGGACGUAGAUCUGGACUCUAUAGUGCAGUCGGGAGGCCUGGAUCAGAUCCUGUCGCCCCCUGCAGGCCGGGCACCGAGCGAGCCCAGAGCGCGCUCCUUCUUCCAGUCCGUGGUCGUCACCAAGGUUGUGAAACCAGACGGGACUGUGGAGGAGAGGCGGACGGUCCGAGACGGACAAGGCAACGAGGAGACCACGGUGACUCGCUCCGGGGGUCCCGGGGCCCUGCAGGGUCCGGACCCUCACACUCCUCCUCCGGUCCUCCCAGGUGCUCCGCGCCACUUUUCAGACCUGAGAGAUGAUCAGUCGCUAUUCUCCAAAUUCUUCGGAGGCUUUAAAUGACAGGUGAAGGGAGGAAGAGCCCCUGGAAA